CCAAAUGAGCCGAUAUAUUGCUCGACUACUUAUAGCUGUGGAUCACUAAGCAAUUUGAUGUGGACUAACAGGCCAAACUAAACAUGUGGUCUUCUCUGAUAGUGGGAGUUUUACUCCUUUUCCUCACGGAUGCUCUGGCAGUACAGAAGCACAAAGGCUGUUUGACUCGAGAUGAACUGGAGAUGCAGGCAAGGAGAUUACAGCGGAGGACGGGCAGACACAAUGAACACAGAGCUGUACAUGCUGUAUCCUCCCCGUCCUGUUCCGAUUUCACACACUGGGUCUUCUCAUCUGAUCUGAAGAACCGGUCGCUGUCUCCUUGGCGAUCAAGAUUUGAGACUGAUCAUCACCUGAUCCCUCCAACAUAUGAAGUGGCCGAGUGUCUGUGUUCCGGCUGCAUAAUUGACGGCUCUGAAAACACAGACUACAACUCCAUCCCUGUGAUGCAGAGCGUCAUGUUCCUGAAAAAGGUCGCGUGUUCCUCUGAUCCGGAUAAAUACUCUUUCGAAGUUGUGUAUAAAACUAUCCCGGUCGCCUGCACAUGCGCUGUGCCCAGACAAUAACCUCUUGUAGAGGCGUUAUCAUUUAACCAAGACAAAAAAUGUAGAGACGUGUCUCAUGUAAGGUUGUGUUUGUUUUAAAAUGCAAAAUUGUUAAGAUUAGUUUUUUUUUUUGUGUGUGUGUAAACAGCACUACGUGCUAUACUUAUGUUCCAUAAACUGUGUUUUUAGCAUAAAUUUACUAUGCAAUCAAAUUUGCAGUUGGGUACAUUGUUGUACAUACACUACUAUAUAUUUUUUCGUCUUAUUUAUGUGAUAAUUUAUUGACUAUUUAUUUAAAUUAUUCAACUUCUGUUUUUGAAGUUUGUUUGAAAGUUUUUAUUUUAUUUGUUAUUUUAUUUGUUAUUUUAUAUUGUUUGUUUAACUAAUAGUCUGCACGUAAUUUUAUUUAAUGUGUAUUAUACCGAUUUGCUAAAUGCUUUUAAAUAUGGUGUAAAUGUAAAUGCUUUUAAACAUGGUGUGACAUUCAAAUAUGUCAUCUAUUAAUCUAAUAAAGUCAUCCAACCUGA